UCUAGAGCCGGUGCGAUGAGCUGUGAAGUGCACUACGAUGCCGCCUCGCGGACCUGGUUUGGGCCGCGGGGCAAGGACUUUUACGGCCCGGAGAUGACCCUGGGCGAGGUCAUUAUGCGUGUCCUGCAGAUCAAUGCCGACCAGGUGAUGCAGCACUGUGAUCCCACUGGCCAACAACUCACUGGCAGCCAGCUGGCCCAGCAAAGUGCCCGCAUAGCACAGGCGUUUAAGCGACUUGGGCUACGACGUGGCGAUGUGGUGGGGAUCUCGGCCAACAACUCCACCUAUCUGACCAGUGUGGUUAUUGCGGCUUUGUUGCGGGGUAUCCCCAUCAACCCUCUGCAUCCGGAGUUUACAGAAGAGACUGUCAAGUAUAUGUACGACAUUACCCAACCAAGAAUUAUCUUCUGCGAUGUGGAAAACUACUCCGUCAUCCAUUCGGUAAAUGAGAAACUGGCCUACCCCGCGAGACUUUACUUGGUCAAUGGAAAAAUCGAGGGGGUGCUCGAUGUCAGUGAACUUCUCAACGAAGAUGAGUCAAUCACAGCAGCAGCCUAUGUGCCCUGUCCAAAGUUGCACGGAGACCACACUGCCUUCAUUGUUUGCUCCUCGGGAACUACGGGAAUGCCAAAGGGAGUCACCCGCUCUCACAGAAGCUUGCUCUGCAAUUGUAAAAAUCCAAACACCUACACCAGAGACAGCAUACUGUUGUCGUUUAGUCCUCUCUACUGGAUAUCCGGAACCAUUAUCCUUCUGGCCUCUCUCCUCAACGGCUGUCGGCGCAUCAUCACCAACCGGCCAUACAGUGUUCAGUAUUUGCUGCAACUGGUGGUCAACCAUAAGGUGACCUUCAUAUUCCUGGCCUCCCACCAAAUAGCCCUGCUCUCCAAGUACGACACCGAUCCGAUGAAGCUCAAGGCUCAACUCCAAUCCGUAAGGGUCCUAAUUGGGGCAGGCUCCAAGGUUUGCAAGGCAGUCUCCCGAAGGAUGUACGACCUGAUUGGCAGCCAAAGGUUUAUCGUGGGCUACGGCCUGUCCGAGAUGGGGGGUCUGAGCAAGAACGUGGGUGGGCCCUUGGGCUGCGAGGGAAAGGUGAUGCGCAACGUGGAGCUGCGGGUUUUAGACAAGCUGAAGAUGCCACUGGGCAUCAACGAGGUGGGUAUUGUCUAUGCCAGACUCCGGUACAAAUGGGAAGGCUACUACCGAAAUCCGGAAGCCACUCGAAAGGCUUUGAGCUCGGAUGGCAUGUGGUUUCGCACUGGAGACAUUGGCUAUCUGGACAGCGAGGGCCACUUGUACAUUCAGACGCGGGACACCGACGUCUUUAAGUUCAACAAUUUCCAAAUCUACCCGGAGCAGAUCGAGGAGUUUAUCCUGCAGCUUCCGGGUGUCAGCGAGGCCUGUGUCUUUGGCGUACCCGACGACGUGUCCACCAAUCUGACGGCCUGUGCCGUGGUCCGCAACAAGAGCCUGGAAGGGGAGCGCCUGCAGGCGGACCACAUCCGGGACGUUGUGGAAAGGCAUUUGAGCGGAGCCUACCACAUCCGGGGAGGGAUCUACUUUGUGGACAGCCUGCCCAAGACCUCCAACGACAAGCUCCAGAGACGCAAGGUCUGGGGCCUCAUCCAGAAGCUGGAGCUGAAGGCUCAUUGAAGAUUGUUGUUUUGAAAUCC